AUGGAGAAGCUUCCCUUUAGAAAACGUCCGACGGCUAAGCCGAUGCUGGUGAAGAACUCACCGGAUAAUGAAACAGCUAAGUCUAAUUGCAUAGCCGUGAAUCCCCAGGACUUCCCGGACAAUAUAUAUGUUGUUUGCGAAGGUAAGUACGUACUCAGCACUAAAACAUCCACAAAAUUACUGCCUGGUACUGUGGGUCUUUCUGGAAACCAACGGUUUUGGGGUUCCUGGUCUACAGACCAGACAAUCUCUGUUUGUCCCUAUGAUUUGUUCUCCAAUAAUAAGAAUAAAGGUGCCUACUUAGGUUCGAUCACCGUGGAGAUCAACUUUUGGAAUAGAAAUAGAGCAAACAGCAAACUGUAUGAUCCAGACGAGAUGGCUGAUGCCUUUUUGAAAAAGUUUGACUCUCAGAUUCUUCAGCCUACGCAGAUUAUGUUGUUUGAGUUUAAAGGUAAUUACUUUGAGCUUAAGGUUUCCUCGACCCAGGUGGUUGCGUUAGCUGAGGUCAAUAUUGAAGAUGUUCCUGUUAGCAAAGAUAUUAUGGAUAAAGGCAUUGUGGUGCAGCAGACCAUAGUAAACUUCUAUAAAGGUAGCGAUGGGUUAGUCAACUUGAAGGCUUCGAGCAAAAGACCAAAUGUCGACGCCAUCAUUAGACCGGACUUUAAGUUUGAAGAUAUGGGUAUUGGAGGUUUAGAUAAAGAGUUCACGUCUAUUUUCCGUCGUGCUUUUGCUUCGAGGAUCUUUCCUCCUGGCUUAAUCGAGAAGUUGGGUAUUCAGCACGUGAAAGGUAUGUUGCUAUAUGGUCCUCCCGGUACCGGUAAGACAUUAAUUGCACGUCAGAUCGGUAAGAUGUUGAACGCGCGUGAACCUAAGAUUGUGAAUGGACCUGAAAUAUUGUCCAAGUAUGUCGGUUCCUCCGAGGAAAACAUCCGUAAUUUGUUCAAAGAUGCUGAGACUGAGUACAAACAGAAGGGUGAUUCUUCGUCACUUCACAUUAUUAUCUUUGAUGAAUUGGAUUCGAUUUUCAAACAGAGAGGUUCUAGAGGCGAUGGAACUGGUGUCGCCGAUAAUGUGGUCAACCAAUUAUUAGCCAAGAUGGAUGGUGUCGACCAACUUAAUAACAUAUUGGUUAUUGGUAUGACUAACAGAAAAGAUCUUAUUGAUGAAGCCUUGUUGAGGCCUGGUCGUUUUGAGGUUCAGGUGGAGAUUCAUCUUCCUGAUGAAGACGGUAGACAUCAAAUUUUAAUGAUCAAGACCAAGAAGAUGAGGGAGAAUGGUGCAUUAGCAGAAGAUGUUGAUCUUUACAAGCUUGCUAAGUUGAGCAAGAACUUCAGUGGUGCCGAGUUGGAAGGUUUGGUCAAAUCUGCAACCUCUUUUGCCUUAAGCAGACACAUCAAGGUUGGCACAGUAGGACAGAUAACCGGUGAUUUGAGUAAUGUCGUGGUGGGUAUGGAUUGUUUUGUCAAUGCUCUUAACGAGGUUAAGCCUUCCUAUGGUGUUAAUGAAGAGGAUUUGCACGAAUCUAUUCUGGGAGGGAUCCUCAAGUACUCGCCUAGAAUUGACAAUAUCUUACAGAGGGUCGAAAGGGACAUCGCCCAAUUGAAGAACUCUCAAAAGUUCAAUUUCUCUUCGGUCUUACUCUAUGGACCUCCCGCCUCUGGUAAAACCGCUUUGGCGGCGUAUAUGGCACUUAAAUCCAAGUUCCCAUUUAUGCGUAUGAUUUCAUCUGAUGAGGUAAUCGGUAUGUCUGAAUCCGCUAAGGUUCAAUACAUAGAUAACACUUUUCGGGAUGCUUACAAGUCGCCGUUGAACCUUUUAAUAGUGGAUGACAUUGAAGCAAUUAUAGACUAUGUUCCUAUUGGGCCUCGUUUUUCUUCCGUGAUCUUGAGAGCCUUGAUGACCAGAAUGAAGAAGUCUCCUCCAGAGGCCCAUCGUUUGAUUGUUCUAGCCACUUCCUCAAACUACAGGCUCAUAAAGAAUUUGGACGUUCUCAACUGCUUCAACGAUGAGAUUCCUGUCAACAAUCUAUCGUCUCUUAAUGAGCUUGAGAAUGUGAUGAUAGAAACACAAUUUGGUGGUGCAGAUACUGAUAUGCCAAAGCGGGUUGUUGCAAAGUUGUUGGAGGUUUUUCCCGACGGCAAAGUCAACAUUCCAAUCAAGAAGGUUCUCUUCAACAUUGAUACUUCCAAGUUUAGUUCGGACCCUGCCGAUGAAUUGGUGCAAUUGACCGUGGAAAGUAACCAUCCACAAUGA